GCCACGAGAUUGCAAAGAAACUAGCCCUUGCCAAUAUUGUGCAAUGGCGUCUUAAUACACAUUGUGUGUGUGUGUGUGUGCGUGCAUAUUGUGUUUACACAAUAUGUUACCUGCAGAGCCCUCUCCCACAGCUUACACCAUUCCUUCUGGAGGGCAGCUCACCCGCCUCUACAAAGGAGAUGAUGCCCCCUGCCGCCCACCCACUCUCACACCCUCACACCACCCCCUGCCGCUCUCUCACACCCUCACACCACCCCUCCUGCCGCCCACCCACUCUCACACCCUCACACCACCCCCUGCCGCCCUCUCACACCCUCACACCACCCCUCCUGCUGCACCACCCCCUGCCGCCCACCCACUCUCACACCACCCCCUGCCGCCCUCUCACACCCUCACACCACCCCUCCUGCCGCACCACCCCCUGCCGCCCACCCACUCUCACACCAUGUACAUGUGUGGUUGUGCAAAACGUUGACCCAAUUUUGGCAAAAUACCACACGAGCCUUUUGUGAUGAAAAUGAGGAAUUUGGACAUGUUGCUAAGAGUGAUUCAGAGUUGAACAUGCCAUCUCUAGAUCUGUUAUUACUCACCAAACAUGAUGGUAACAAUACUACCCCCCACGUACCAAACGGUGACCCCCAAGCCUCUCCUCCAUGGCUUGUGUCAUUGUGAGGUAGCAACGGUCUGUCAGGGGGGUUUGGACAAGUUUGUCCUGUACCCCCAGAUACUCAAAGCCAUAAUUAAAUCGUGCGUUGGCCAUGUGAUGGAGAGUUUCUGCAAUGAAACAUUCGACUUUCAGGCCAUGGGUCGCAUUUUCGUGGGUCUAUGCCAAGUGAUAGUUAUAAUUAUUACACACGUUGGGGCGUGGGGUUGCUUCGAUGAGUUCAACAGGCUGGAGGAGAGGAUGCUGUCUGCUGUAUCUUAUCAGAUCCAGAUGAUACAAGAGGCUCUCAAAGAGCAUGGACAUCAGGCCCAAGAGACGCUUGGUUCGGGCAGCAAGCCAAUCAUUGUUGAGCUAGUUGGGAAGAGUGUCAAGAUCAACCAGGACAUGGCCAUCUUCAUCACGAUGAACCCUGGAUAUACUGGCCGCUCCAACCUGCCAGAUAAUCUCAAGCAGUUGUUUAGAAGUCUGGCUAUGACAAAGCCGUUGAUUGCUCGGGUGAUGCUCUACUCACAGGGCUUUAGGACUGCCGAGAUCCUGGCAUCAAAGAUAGUACCCUUCUUCAAGUUCGAGACUCGUGGCAAAACUAUGAGCUAGAACUCAUCAACUACCAGAACAAGUGCAAGAUCAUUCGAGGCUGGGACGACUUGUUCACCAAGGUCAAGGAAGCACUUUAAGGAAACUAUGCGGCCGCGUAAAGAAUGUUCUAUUUCGCCGGGGAUCAGGAAUUGUCUGAACUUUUAGAAAAUCCUCCACACCAGCAGGUGCCGAUGGCUCUAGUAUCUGUUGACACUUAUACAUUACCUCGAUCAUCCCUCUGAGGUCCUGCUGGCAACACCUCCAGCUCGGAUAAGAGGGGUGCCACAACCGGCUAGGCCUUCCUCUCACCCGGCACAGGAAUAUAGGGCCGCAGUCUACAAUAAUAUACUCCAGAACAAGAAUUAUGGCUUUGACUUAUAUUUUAUUCACUCACUUAUCUAGCUGUGCACGUACGUAGAAUAUACAUUAUUUUUUAACUAGUUUGUGUGGAUAUUAUUUUAGUGUUUCAUUAUUUUUUAGCAAUUAUUAUUAUUAUAGAUCUACGUAUUUAA